CACGUAAACAGGCACGCACCGAGGAGGGGACCCGCGCAAACCGAAGACGUCAAAUGGAUUCGCACAUGCGUACUUAGUCGAAAAUGGCUGUCGCCUGCUGCAUAAACACAGAAAGUCGUCCAGAAAAUGGCCAGAUUUUUCACUUUUGAGGAAGAUAAGGUAUUAGGUGACUGGAAUUGAUGCCUUACAGUUAGGAUACGUACCGAUUGGAAUACACUGCGAAGUAAUCUGAACGGUUUCAACAAAUCGACGGGAUAAUCGAGGUCGGCUGUUUUGGGUUCCGAUUUCUGCGUGUUGCCGGUUCUCGUUAUGUCUGCUUCGGAGCCUGUGAUAGGCACUUACCCCACCAUGACCAACCACUUGUCCAUGCAUGACCUCCCCCAGACCCAGCUCAGCAGCGAGACCAGCUCCACCAGCAGCGAGCUGGAGUCGGCCCUCGGCAACGCCGUCAAGACCCCGCCGGGCCCCGCCGCCGAGAACGGGCCGGACGGCUACCCUUCGGACGGUUCCUCAUCGGUCGAGAACCAAGGCAGUGGCACUGGUAACAACAAUCCUGUGACGGUACCCGUGCCCUACCUGAACGGGCCCUUGCAGAUCCCGCAAACCGCGCCGGCGGGCUACACAGAAUACGUGGACGGCCACGCGGACGGGAACGGGCUGGACUAUACGGCCCAGGGGUCGGAGUACGACGCCCAGCAGCAAACUGUGGCCGAUUACUCGCCCGAGUACGCCCCGGCCGAGCCCAUGUACCCCAGCGGGCAGGACUACACAACGAACGCUGUGGGCGUGCCGGCCCCCGUCCAGGACUACCCCGGGAUGGGGGUCGGGGUAGGGGACGAGGUCCCGCCCCAGGGACAGGUGCACGAUACCGGCCAGAAUGCCGGGCAGGUCAAUAAGAAAUACGUCUUCUACCUGCAGAUUAAACAAGGAGAGGCGUUUCCCAUAGGCAACGGGGACCAAGUGCAGUAUAUUCACGGCCCCACACUCAUCCAGUUUGUCUCAGACUCUCCCGUACCCCCACCCCUGCACACCGUGCAGACGGGCCACGGCCCCGUCUCCAUGCCGACCGUCGCCAGCGUUCCCGUCGUCUCGGCGCCGAUGGCGGUCCCAACGGGGAUGGCCCUCCAGCAGCCUGUCCAAGACGCCGUGGUCAACGACAUGCAGCAGCAGCAGCAGCAGCAGCAACAGCAGCAACAGCAAGGCAUGUACACACCCUGCCCUCCAGCACUCUCCCCCCAGCAGCCAAUCUACCCGGCCCUGUACUCCCCCAACGGGGGAGGGGGUAGAGCCGGGGGAAUGGGGGGCGUCUACCCCCAUCUGAUGGGGUACCCGAACCCGGGCAUGCACCAUCACGUGCAGCCCCAUGUGGCCUCCUCAGUGCCGGCCCAUUCCGCGGUGCCGCCCAACUCGGGCGUGCCGGUCCCACCCCACCACCAUGUCAAUAUUCAUCGAUACUCUCAUGUUCCACCUCAUGGCCAGCACAACUCACAGCAGCAGCAGCAGCAACAGCAGCAGCAACAGUGUAACAUGCCAGAUCAUUCACAUAUCCAAGAUCCUCAGAGACCAUCAAUGCGCUCGCGGUCGCGGGACGACAGAACGGACAAACAGCGAGAGAAACUCCAAAAGAAGCUGAGGGACCGACAGCACCAGGACAAGGCACCCAGCUACAUCCCCAGCCCCCAGACCUCGCCCCGCGGGGGAGGAGGAGGGGGCGGCGGGGGUCUGUACGGGGGUGGAGGGGGCGGCGGGGGGAGCUACAACCCCUCGGUGCUCAAGAUGGAGAAUGGUGCUAAUAGUAGGCAGGGGAACGGCCGGAAGAAGAGGCUCAGCGGUCCGAGGAUAGACGAAAACGAAGAAGACCCCCAUUCGAAGAAACUCCGCGACCUCCUCUCCAACAUCCAACCGCCCGAUGUCUACAACCGGCUGGCCCGCUCGGUCAGUGUCAGGUGGUCCCUGCCCCAGGUGCAUUCUGGGAACGGCGACUGCUGUCCGGACGACGACAUCGAUCUCUCCUCUGCCCGGUUUGAGCUGGUCCUGUCCGAGCGAAACCGGAGCGGGUCGUCGAAAACAUUUUACUGUCAUGGGACAGAAAAUGAAUACCAAGUACCGGAUUUAAAACCAGCAACCGAAUAUCAACUCAGUGUGUGUGCAAUAUUGGACAACGUCAAGGGCGCCCUCUCUCAGCCUGCCAUAUUUGAGAGCAGGGGCUGCCCGCCGGACGCGCCCCUCAUCCCCCGGCUGAGCGGACGCACCAAGAACAUGUUGAGUCUGCGAUGGAACCCUCCCCUGCCCAACGGCGCCAAGAUCCACAGCUACCUCCUUCAGUGCGACAAGGGGACUGGCUCAGGCAGUUUCGUGGACGUCUACGAGGGUCCGGACAAGACGUUCAAAGUCACCAAGCUGCAGCCCUCCACGCUGUACAGGUUCCGCUUGCAGGCCAUCAACGACUACGGGGCCAGCGACUUCAGUCCCGAGGUCAGUUACUACUCGUCGGGCAGCGCCCCCAACCAGCCCGAGCCGGCCACGCUGAGGGAGGCCACCGCCCACAGCUUGCACCUGGAGUGGGAGAAGAGUACCGGGGAGAUCCAUGGGUAUAUAUUGGAGAUGGAGGACGAGAUGAAGAGGUAUGGCUUCCAGAUUGUAUAUCGAGGAGAGGAGACGAAUCACCAAUGCAAAAACCUUGCCAGGAAUUCAGAGUUUAAAUUCAGGUUAUGUGCCUUUAAUGAAGAGGGAAACAGUCGAUUGAGUGGAGUGGUGGCCUUCCGUACUCUGCCUGAUACGCCGCGAGCGCCUUGCAAACUAUCACUCAAGGGCAAAGUGCACUCCACAGGCUUCAAAGUCUCAUGGGAUCCACCGAAAGAUGCUGGGGGAUCAGACGUUACAUCGUAUUGUUUAGAAAUGAGCAGCGGAACAAAUGAACCGUUUGUGUCGGUCUACGAGGGCUUAGAGAGGGAGUUCAACCAAGACAGCCUCGAGCCAGGCCACACGUACAGACUGAGGGUCCAGUGCUCGAGUAGAGGGGGCGACAGUCCGUUUUCCGAUAUCUGUAGUGUCACAACGUUGCCAGUUUGUCCAGGGCAGUGCCUACCACCGAGGUUACAUGGCAAGCCGAGGGCGACGUCCGUCAACCUUAGAUGGAGUUCGCCAGAGUACCACGGGGGCACUACCUUGCAGGAGUACGCGCUAGAGAUGUCCGCCGCAGCUGACGACACACCAAAGGAGGUCCACCGGGCGGGCACGUCCAUCACGGAGUGCACCGUCAACGCCCUGCUGCCGGGCAGGCCGUACAACUUCCGGCUACGCGCCUUCAAUAGAAUCGGGGGCGGCCCCUUGUCAGAACCUCUCCACGUGAUGACAGCAGCGGGCCCACCAGACAGCCCCACGGACCUGGCCGUCAGCAGCCGGUCCACCAGCAGCGUGGCCUACGUCUCGUGGUGCAAGCCCUGCUGCAAUGGGGCCGAGGUGCACGAGUACCGGCUGGAGCGGGCCUCGGAAAACGGCUCCUUCUCAACGGUCUAUAACGGUUUCGCCCCCUCCUGCGAGCUCAAAUUCCUCCAGCCGGCCACCUUCUACUACCUUCGCGUCCAGGCCAUCAACUCGGCCGGCCCCGGUCCCUUCAGCGACGUGGCCACCUACGAGUCGCCCCCGUCCUCCCCCGAGGCCGUGGCCUCGCUCCGCCUCCUCUCCUCCACCUCGGAGUCCUUGCUGAUCCGGUGGACCGAGCCCAACUGCUGCGGCUCGGAGAUCCUGUCCUACAACAUCGACAUCGGGGAGAAGCCCGUCAUCUCGGUGCAGGGCAACGUGACCGAGCACUGCCUGGAGAUGCUGCAGCCUAACACAAAGUACAGGAUACGCAUCCAGGCAGUCAACAGCAUCGGCGUGGGCCCCUACAGUGCCUCCCUCAAAGUCACCACCAAAGCGCUUCCCCCGGACCCGCCGCGCCUGGAGUGCGUCCUGUACAGCCACCAGAGCCUCAAGCUCAAGUGGGGGGACAGCGUUAAGUCGCCGGUGGACGUCCGGAUACAGAACUACACGCUGGAGAUGGAGGAUAGGAAAGGAAGGUACUGUGUGGUGUACUGUGGUGCUAACGUCUCCCACAAGGUGUCCAAGCUGAGUGAGCAGACUUCCUAUCGGUUCCGGAUCUUUGCCAGCAACGACGCCGGCGACGGACCGUACUCCGAGAGUUACACAUUCACAACGACCAAAGCCCCACCUCCUUGCUUAAAAACUCCCAAGGUCAGCCUGAUCAGCGAAGACUGCUGCGUAGUCGAGUGGCAGGCACUAGGUAACAUCCAGAAUGACGUCGUCAUCUACCAGUGCCAGUGCCAGAGAGUCAGGGACAGCGAGAUCAAAUUGGUGUACCGAGGUCCAGGCAGCAGUGUCAUCGUCCCCGACCUGUCGCCAGGCACCGAGUACCGCGUCCGGACCUGCGCCGUCCGUCUCCCCGAGGACGGUGGUCCCGAGCUGGUGGGCACCUACAGCCCCUGGGAGAGCUUCCAAACGGCCAGCCUGGUCCCCGUGGCCCCCGUCAUCGCCGAAGACCCCCAGAAAGAGGAGCCCCUCUCAGCCGAGCCCAAAGCCCUGGAGGACCAGAAGCUGGUGGCCAUCUUCCUCGCCGUGUUCUUCUUUAUCGCGGUCAUCUUCGCUUGGAUCGUUGCCUUUUACAACUAAAUUAAUUUAUGAUGAAAAAAAAAAAAAAUUAGAAGCUUUAAGGGGUUAUCUCAAUAAAUAUCCGGGAGAAGUUGUGGACAAGUUUAGGAGAGAAUGUGAAAUUAAACAGGCAGUAACUUGAGGUUUACCACGAGGUUUACCUCAAAAUUUACCGCGAGAUUUACCUCAAAGUUUACCGCGAGAUUUACCUCAAAGUUUACCGCGAGAUUUACCUCAAAGUUUACCGUGAGAUUUACCUCGCUGUUUACCACGAGGUUUACCUCAAGGUUUACCAUGGGGUUUACCUCAAGGUUUACCCCGAGAUUUACCCGAGGUUUACCUUGAGGUUUGCAAGGUUUACCUAGAGGUUUGCAAGGUUUACCUAAAAGUAUAACGAUGAAUGUUUGACCAUCGUUUGACUAGAGACAAUCACACAUUGUUAUUAGUGUGCAGGUCAACGAUACAUGGCAAAGUAACCGCUAGUCGACUAAUGGUCCUCGAUUGAAACUGUUCAUUGCUGACAAAUUCAUCACGGGAAGAUGUCAGAGAAGUUGUUCAGAAUCCUGCAACAAAUUCCCGAUACAAUGGGUCUGUUGCAGAUAAACUUUUCCCACAACUUAUCCCGGAAAUAUUUAACGAGAUGAUUGCUAAGGAUUGGUUCAUGCUUCACGGUAAAGUAAAAAAAUCAAAAACUAAAAAUGUAACGCCGUGAAACACAAAUUCUUCUCGGCGUUGAAAUGUGUUCAACUUUUGGCAAAGUUACUUGUGAAUACUUUGCCAUGACGUCACAAAUAUAUACAUUCACGUUGUGAGCUCGCUUUCACUUGAGCAUGAACGGCCUUUUAUUCCGAAUCUUUUUGAAAGAACAAAAAAUGAAAUUCCAUUGUAAGCAGAUUUUUUUAACAAAUCUGGACUUGUAAAGAGCCGCAGCUUUUUUCCCCCGUAGGCGGUCCUUUGUAAAAGGGAAAAAUCGGCAUUCUGUAUUCUCCAGGAGGAUAAAAGUGGCUAGAACUGCCAACUGCCGGGGAAUUUAUUUAUUGUAAGGCUCAAGUUUUAAAACGGCAAAACCUCUUGCGUCUGGUUGUGUUAAAAAUGGCAGGCCAUUACCCUCGUGAGAUCAAGUCAGCAUGCAUGAACAAUUCCAGUUUUUUUUGUGGGAACUGUUGACGAGCAAAUUUGUUUUCUAUCCGCUGUGCUCACCAUUUGCAGAAAGUCGCUUUCCCAAUGCAUAACGAUCCCGUAAUUUAUUGAAGUUUUUGUCUAUUUGUGCGAAUCCAACUGCCAGAAACUUUCUGGAUUCCUGCCUGUGAAAAAGGAGGAGCGUGGAUGGCACUCUGCCACUAGAGGGCGCUAUUGUUCAUAACGCAAACAUCGCGAAAAAUCCUUGCACACAAAAAAUAUCGUGGCCCCAUCUCCCUCAGUUACACUGCCCGACUGCGGCUGAGAUUCAAGAACAUCAGAUCAGGAACAAUUUGAAAACUUUCACCUCUUUUGUUUUUCCUGUAAGUGAAUUGUUUAUUUGGUUUUCAUUUCGCAAAUUUUGAUCUCCAUUUUGAAGUUUACUUCUUCUUCCAACGUUCAUUUUGAUUAAUUUUUUUGUGAUGGUUUGCAAGAAUAUCCCCCAGACAACAAAACUAUUGUAAGGAUUUUUGUCGAUAUUUCUUCCUAGUUUGGGAUUUGUAGGAACGUCUUCACCUUGAUUAUUAAUUUUCCGUCAAUUUUUUUUUUUUAAGAAACAAGUUUUCCAGACAGUUGGCCAAUUCGCUCGUAGAAAAAAUAAAUAUCAAAACAUUUGAAAUUAUUGAUGAAUUCAGCUAUGCGAGGUUUUUUUCUUUUGAUUUUUUGGCAUGCAGCCAAGUUUUCUCAACUUUGUCAAUUACCAAGCCAUUCAAUUAAUUUCUUGUUUAAAUGGGUUUGGGAAACAAUUUUCUUUUUACGAGUGGCCUUAGAAAGUUUUGGUGAACGAAAUUUGGGAAGUUGUAUUAAACAUGGGUGUGAACAAGCUAUUGCCCACUGUACAUUAUUAAGUAGAAAUCACUAACUUUAUCGCUUGCCUUGACUUAAAGGAACACUCUCAUGAUAUCCAGAAAAAUAGUCAUGUUUUCUGAAAGUUCCAAAAUUUUUCAAAAUUCCGAAACUCGGCAAGGAUGGUCCUAAUUAAAGCAACAAACUGAUAUCAAUUAAAAAAGUGUCAGCUACAUAUGCACGUUGAACAUUCUGUCCAGUUUUGGGGUUUUUUGGUCAUGAGGUUGUCCCUUUAAGUUCACUGUAGCAAAAGAGAUUUUUUUUUUUUAAACCUAGGGACUGUUUAGUUCAAACUCAUGUAAUGUAAAAUAAAAAAAAAGUUAAUAUAGUUGCAUUUUAUUUUUGGACGAAUAGAUAUUCUGUAUAUGAUCUCAAUUCUUAUAUUUUUUGGCAUUUUGUUUUUUCAUUUACCAAUUGUUUACAAGUUAUCGUCGUUUCCCCGUUUGUAUUUAAUGAAUGUUUACCAGUCGCUUGGAAUUAGUUUGUGGAACGAGAACGCAAAAUUUUUAGUCAUUUUUUUCUUGUUGGAAUUGCUUGUAGAUUGUAGAACGAUGGUAUACAUUAGCAGUGUUUAGGUACUAAUUUAUGCUUGUUUUUAAUUUUUUUUUUUCCAUUUCUUCAAACAUAUUUUGAUUUUUUUCCCCUGUAAUAUGCUUACAUACCAGAUUGUGGCAAAUACACAUCCAAAAUUCUUCCCAGAAAAUACUCCUUUCCACAGUUUUCUUUGCAUUUUUUGGAUUGUUUUCAAAACAUAGUUUUUAGCGCCCCCUCCCACACCCACAAUUAAAAAUGUACUGAUGAUUAGUUUUAAAUUGCUAAACGCCACUGCCAACUCAAUGUGCCAUGCAAAAAAAAAACCUGUUGUUUUUGCAAAGUAUUCCCAUUUCCUGUGUGAUUUUUAUUUAUAACUUUAUUAAACUUGUUGGGAGGAAAAGCGGAAUUACUUUGCAGAGACGAUGAUUCGGGGUGCCUAUUUUUAUCCCCAAACUCGCCAAAACAGAAAGCAGUAAUCAAAAAACAACACCGACCUACUUCACAAGAAAGGGCCAAAAUUCUCCCUUGGAAAAGUUUUUCAGGGGACGACUACCAGUUGAGCUCAUGAUAGAUUGUGCGAUUUUUUGGUUGGUAAUCAGUAACCAUGAUUUGACAACAGUGUAAUGAAAUCACUGUCUAGUUUGUGCUAAAGUGGCGUCGUGACUUUGGGCCAAGUUGGGAAGUUGAGAAGGUUAUUCAAACAAACAAACAAACAAACAAACAAACAAACAAUGAAAUUGAAUUGUAAUCUGUAUUAUUGUACAUACAUCUUUACAUAAUCUCUAGCGUAAGUUCAAUUGAAUGUUGACUUAAAAACAUAUAUUUACCUUAAAUUUCUGGACACGGACAUUCAGAAGUAUAUUUUUUUGAAAAGAAAAAAAACUUAAAGAGUAUUAAGUUUAAAUCUGUAUGUGCUAGUAUUAUAUUUCAAUGGUAAACAAAAAUUGUACAAAGAAUUUAAGGGUAAGGCUUAAAACAAAUAGCAGAAAUAGAUUAAAAGGAAACAAAAACAGCUCUUGAAUAAAUGAAUAUUAAGUAGCUGCCACUGUGUAUUUAAUAGAUCAGCCAAAUUUACAAAAAAAAAAUAUUACUGUUCUUGCUAAAAUAUGUUUAAAGUACUUUGAUGUAUGCCUAGAAAAGAAAUGUAUGUGUGUUGUCGACACAAACAAUUUUUUUUUGUGGUGUGGCCUACUAGACUUAAUUAAUGUAUUCCAUUUUGGAGGGUAGUUUAUCAACGGUUGCCUGGACGUUGCAGUUAACAAAGGAACGGAAAAGUAAAAUUGAACAAAAUUGCAGUCACAGAUUUUUUUGGACGGAAUAAAAGCGCAAGUUUCGGCUUUUGUGUUGACUGGAACCAGCACACAUUCAGUUUACUUUUUGUGGAUGUAAGCACCCCUAUUCAUCCAGUUGGAAGACUCCAGCUGCUGUGUUUAUCAGUAUGGACUGUAAAGUCUACCAUUAUGAAACAGGGGUGUAAAUGUAUUCCUUCUCGGACCCUCAUCCAUCCACAAAAUGCCGUGUAUACUUAACUUUACACAAAAAUGCAUAUUUUUCUAAACAACGAUUGCUGUUUUAAGGUAAACAAAAGUAGAACAAACUUACUCCUGCUACAUCGCAGAAAUGAAAUUAUGCUGCAUUUCAACAAAAACAACUCCAAAUUCAAAAAGGAUUUUUGUGACAAAAAGUAGAAGCCAUGGCCCGACUGCGUACAAAAGUUAACAUUCCUGCGUGUUCUUUCCAAAUCGUGUUCAAUUUGUAUUAAACAAAACAAAAAACAACAAGAAGAGGGAAUAAUUAAGUGUUUAUUGUGCCAGUGUUAAAUCGGUUAGUUUAGAAAAAUGACAAAAGAUUUAAAGUUUAAGGAUUUUCUUUCCAAUGUUUGGUGAAAAAUUUAGAGCGUAGAUGGACCAAAAAAGUCCCCACAUGUUCUUCUCCACUCCACCCUUCAGUAUUCCUGUAUAUUUCAGAUUUUGUUCGGACUAUUAAAGUUUUUUUCUUUUUUCGUUUCAAAAAGUGUAAGCAUAGUAUCAUAAGGUCGUAGUAUUAAAACGAGAAGAAUCCUUUAAAUUUUAUUUUACUUGCUGAAACAAUUAAAAAUAUUUAUAGAUGUGUAUAUGUAUAUGUUUUAAUUCAGAAUGUUGACAGGUUUUAUCGGCUACGUUCUCUGAGGGUUGAUUUCGGUGAAAGUGAAAUUCGCCCUUUUUGGGGGGGGGGGGUGUUCUGACUUUGCUUUAUAAAAAAAUGUUGCCUUUGAUUCGGUGAAUAUAUACAAGAUUAUUUUUCAUCUGCUUAUUUUUUAGUCUAUUUUGCCCUUCUUUUUGGUGUGGGAGGUUCUGUUUGUUUGAAAAUUACAAAAAAAUAUUUCGAAAGUUACAUUCAUUUAGCGUUCACCUACCUCGCAAAGUGUCAAAAUGGAAUGGUCUUAAUUCACAAUGGCCAUUACUUGAUGGUUGUCAAUCCGUAAACUUGGCACUUUUUUUUUCUUCUUUUAGAUAGAUCUGGUGACCCCUCCCCCCACCCCCAAAAAAUUCCCUUCGUUUUGGGUUCAUUUUGUUCCAUCAGCAAUAGAUAGAUUCUGUGUGUAGGACCAAACCAUUAAUAUGGGUGGAACAAUAUAAAUGUAUUAAUUAAUUAAAAAUAACCAAAUAACGAUGUGGUUUGCUGUAGUAUUUCGGGGGGGGGGGGGGGGGGGGUGAGGGAGGUUUUCUUGAUUAACGUUUGCGUGGGAAAAUUAUAUUUUUAAAUUCUUCCUUUUUUGGGGGGUUUAAAAAAGGAUGACAUCGACAAAAAACUAAACGAUUUUAGGAACUUAUUUAAAUAGAAUAUUUAAAAGAUAAAUGUAAUAUUUGGGGAAAUGUGCCUGCUGCCAGAUGAAGGGAAAGAAAUCCAAAAUAUUCUUGUGCGAAUUGUAACAAAAUUGAAUGAAUUCAGUAAAAUGACGAUAUUUUUUUUGUGCAGCACAUAGAAGCAGCAUUUAAUAUAAUAAAAUAAUAUAUUGAUAUUGAAUAAAUGUAAAAUUGAAUAAAUGUUACUGAAAGCUGCUGCAAUUUUGUGUUGGGGAAAGUUUCCGAGAAUUUUUUUACAGAAUUUGUUCGCUUGCACAAAAGACAUCUGAAUUUCAGGUUUUUAACCUGUCCAUAUCAGCUAGAGAAUGGAGUCAGCCAUUUUGAAAAAAGGCCAAUAAAUUUUUCCUUUCUAAGGAAAAAAAAUUGCUUGCCUGAACCACAGGCCAGCAUAUUAUACCUAAGGUGUAAAAAAAAAAUGGCCGUUUGUGAAACUUAAGCUUGAUUUUUAACCAAAACUCGAAACAAUUUUAAGGACGAAUCUGAUGGGUUUCCUUCCCCUGUUUUUGUCUUAAAAAUUAUUUUUGCAAGACAUUAUGUCAUAAGCAUAUUCCAUCGACCACACCUCCCCCAACCUGUCUUACAAAACACGCCCCCUUUUUGGGCGGGGGGGACCAAGCCCAUUCACCCUAAUAAAAACUCCCGGAAUUCAGUGAUAUUAGUUAAACCAUUUCUUAUGGUUACUUGUCACUAAAAAGCACGACUCAUUACUGUGGCCCAAGUUGAUGCAGCAUACAAGACAGUUAUGGUGCAGGCAUUUUGACAAACUUGUUAUUUUUUUUGGGGGGGGGUCUUCAUUGACUUAACACAAUGCAGAAAGUUUUCGAUGUGUUUUUAAAACAAAAAAAGGGGGAUUGGAGUGGAUUAAGACAACUUUUCCCCCCGGGAAUUUUUUUCUCUUGUGACCGUUAUAUCAUUUAAUGUGCUUGGUAUUUUGUAAAAUAAGAAAAAAAAAGUUACAAAAAAAAAAGAACAUGCCUGUGUAUCAGUUUUAUGAGAAAGUGUUUGAAAGGGCACUUUGCAGCUUCGUAUUAAAAAAAAUGCCUCGCUCCAAAUGAAAAAUCGAAUCCA